GGUUUGACACUUCGCCCAGAAAAACUAUAAAAAACUAUAAAAAUAUAAAAAUAUCCUCAGCAAAAUGUUGAACCUGUCGAGAGCCGUUGUCCGCAGCUUUGCCACCACCUCGAGCCGCCGCUCCACCGCUGUCGGCAAGGAGCAGAUCGAGAAGGGCUACUUCGAGAUUCGCAAGGUGCAGGAGCACUUCCAGAAGAAGGACGGCAAGCCCGUCUUCCUCAAGGGCUCCGCUGUCGACAAUGUGCUGUACCGCCUCACCGUGGCCCUGGCCCUGGUUGGAAUUGGUGGCAUGACCAAGCUCUUCUACGACCUGAGCGUGCCCAAGAAGGAGGAAUAGGAGUAAUCAACCUCUUAGUU